AUGGAUAGUGGCAAGGAAUGUGCCUUAAGAAGGCUUUCUUUAAUCGUGAUAGUAACGUUGGUACAAGUGCCUGCCACCGUUUAUGCGCAAGAUUGUUCAUCACCAACACUCUCCUUCGGCCCAACGUUCCCGAUUGGGCCGGAAAUUUCGGCCACUGUCGGUGCAGGCUACACGCUAGCGGAGCACGACGUUAGCAAUGUCGCUUCAGUAUCAGUUAGUGCGACCGCAGCCAAUUUGCCGGUGUACAUUGAUGCUGUGCUCGCCAACGGCAAACUGACGAUUAGAACGAAUCAACAGUUUACUAAUUACGAAAAACAGGAGGACACCCUAUUUUUUCUGCAACUGAUCGUCUACAGCUGUGCGUCGGGCUCGUCCGGCGAAAUGACAUUUCGACAGUUUAUCAAAGAGGAGAACAAUCAUGCACCACUUUUCUCCCAAACGAUCUACAACAUAGUGGUCCCGUUGCCACUGCCAAGGGAAUUUAAUAUACAACAGUUCAUUGACAGUGGUAAAGGCGUUGUAGCGAACGAUUAUGAUAUAACCAAAAAUAAGGUAUCAUUUUCCAUUGCCGAAAAUGAUUACUUUACCGUCGAGACAGCGAGUGGGUCGUCGCGCACGCAGUUUAUAGCCAAUCUGAUAACGAAACAAACGCUGACAAAGAUACAACCACCGAUCUCACUGCAGAUUACUGCCGUGGAUGAAGGAACCCCUCCGAAAACAUCACAAGCAACACUAAACAUUGAAGGAGAUCCGGUGAUUUCGUUCAUACCACCGCCAGAGUUUGAGCAAAAUCUCUAUAGAACAUCGUUUAAAAUCGGUGAUACUUUCACUCCCGUCCGUCUCGGUAUGGUGCCGGAUACGUACGAUUCUACCGUGGGUUUUGAAACUUCCGGUGAGGAUGUGGACUACUUCACUGUCACAUCUCCAGCUGAUAAGAGCAGUGUAACCGUAACCUUACGCUCGGAUAAACCCAUCGACGAGGAAAAGAAAUUGCUUACUCUAACCAUCACUGCCAGUCGUUCGGGAACGGAGACCAUAGGUCGAACGGCAUUGGUAGUGGAGCUGUCGACUGAUCCAAAAAUUGUUCCCACCUUCGAAGCAUCUCUGUACACCGGUACCAUCGAUCGAGACAAAGUGAUCACACUUGACAGUAUCAAACUAGUGCCAUCCACCAGUGAUAGUAGUGUGCGGCUGCAAUUGACAGGAGAGGAUGCCCAAUACUUCACCGCGACGUUUGCUGACAACCAAGUAACGAUAGCUCCAUCGAGUCAGCUAUCUGACGUAGUGCUCAAGGAAAAGAACUUCUUUUUGCUAACUGUGCAAGCGGAUAAAGCGAGUGUCGGAACCGGCGAAGCGCUGCUACUAUUAUCGGUGGAAAAAAGCAACACAAAAGAUCUCCAUUUCGAACAGAUGGUGUACGAGGGUACAAUUACGGAAUCCGGUGUGUUGAGUGUGCCUGUCGUUAGAAUUUCUCCGGAUAGUUUGGUGUCAGGUUUGGAGUACAGCUAUUCAGGUGAUAUCACUCUUUUGACCUCUAGCGCCGAUACUAGCGGCACAAUCACCAUAGCAUCGAACAACGUUACACCGGAAAAACUAACCGACAAAAGCUACGUUAUGCUUUCGAUUGUUGCGAAACUGGAGGGAGAAGAAGGGGCGCACGCUGUUGUCAUCCUCAAGGUACUGCGCACACCGGUAGUUUUGCCGCAGUUUUCCAAAUCCUUGCUGGAGGGUGAAAUGGUGGAAAAAACGUUAGCAGUCAGUCUACCGUACGUAGAAAUUGUGCCGGAAUCAUUCUCCACCGAGACGAAACUAAGUGUCGUCGAUGAGCGGUACUUCUUCGACAUUCAACCAUUUAAUGCGGAUAAUGUAUUUGAGGUCUUCCUCCGAAGGAAUGUUACCAGAGAGAUGCUGCAAGGAAUCGAUCGACUUACAUUUACCGUGGAAGCAAGCAAUCCCAGUUCGGAGAAAGUCUAUUGUUUCGUAGCGAUCAGUAUCAUUCGAACUGCUGCACCAACUUUCGAAAGGCUCAUCUACGAUGGUGUGAUUGAUGAAUCGAAACAGUUAGUCGAGGAGAUAGUGGCCAAGCUAACGCCCGAAUCAACUGAUGCAAGUGUCGUCUACACGAUGGAAGGCGACGAUGCAAGCUUCUUCUCGCUGGAAUCAUUAGUGCCGGUUACGGACGGUGUGCGCAUCAAGCUGAAGACAGCGCUGACCGAUGAUGAGUUUGAAGCUCGUGAUCACUUGGAAUUCAACUUGAAAGCUACUAACCCAGAGCUGCCAGCUAAUACAGUUGUGCCAGUAAUUGUGUACGUGAGGCAUUCUUUAAUCAAAAGUCCUCGUUUCGAAAAACCCCUCUACAAGUCCCGAAUCGAUGUAGACUUGAAGUUGGUUCCGUUUGAGCAAAUCAUUCUCGAACCCGGCACCUACACGGACCUGACCACAGUUACCACUCGUAACAGCAACACUGAUCUCUUUGAGGUGAAACUAUCGCAAGGAAUUGUUUCCAUACAGCUGCUAAAGGAACUGGAUGUGACUGAUGUGAGUACUGUUGAUCGGUUUGAAUUUAUUAUAGAAUGUAUCAAUCCAGGACAGGCGUCCGGCUUCACUACCAUACUAGUCGAUGUUGAUCGUACAAUUGCUCCAGAAUUUCCCGACCUAUUCUACGUUGGAGAAGUUAACGAAGGUGAAAAGCAAAUAAGCUUCAGCCAAAAAGUAGCUCUCUCGCCGCAAACAAUCGCUAGCAAUACAGAGUACAAACUAGAAGGAUACGAUAGUUCAUUGGUGCGGUACGUCAUACUGGACGAUCAGAGUUUGAGUUUCUUUUUGCGCGAAGAAGUAUCCAACGAGCAAAUAAUGUUGCGGUCCGAAAUUGGAUUCAUAGUCGUCGCGACCAAUCCUGGUGCUAGUCAACCAGCAACAGUGUCCUGUUCGGUAAAAAUACUACGCGAAGUUAAACCCAUCUUUACGAGUACCUCAUUCCAUGGGAAAAUUAUCGAAGGAUCUAGCUCCGUGAAUUUUGGAACUGCUCCAAUUGCUUGGGAGAGUGGAAGCGUGAAGGAAUCGACAUCAUUUACUAUCGUUGACGCGUUGUCAAACAACUGGUUCGAGGUGAAGCUAGCAGAGGAUGGCAGCACAGUCGACAUUCUUCUGAAGCCCGAGGUGAAAUGGGAUCAGGUGCGAUCGUACGUCUACUAUCAGCUCAUUCUGCAAGCCGUCAAUCCCGGUUCCGAAAUGACACAGUGCACGCUCGUGAUCGAUGUAGAAAAUCUGCCCGCGAUCACACCCACCUUCACCAAAGCCAUCUAUCGAGGUUCUCUGCAGGAAGGUACGAAGGAAGUAAUAUUUUCGGCUGCUGACACAAUCACCGUACAACCGAGCACGAUCAUGCCCACGUUUCAGUACGUUGCUGCCAACGGUGAUGCCAACCUGUUCGAUGUGGUGCUGGUAGAGGAUAACCAGUUCAAAGUUUCGCUCAAAGACAGCAUUGCACAGAGCGAAAUCGAGGGACGUGAUAUGUUAAGCUUCAUGUUGACGAUCAACAAUGCGUACAGUGCGGAUGAUACCGCUACCAUUGUGAUCACUAUAAAGUUGGACGAUAUCAUCAAUCCGACAUUCUCGAAGCUACUGUAUAGUGGCACCAUCGUCCAGGGUACAACCGAGUUAAGUUUCCAAGAGCCGAUCCAACUAUCCGCUGGCAGUUUUACGGAAAACACGGAGAUAGGUGUCGCUGGAACUGAUGCAGCACUGUUUACCAUCUCAAGAGCGGGGCCUACGGUCGAGCUAAAGGUUCGAGAUGAUUCCAUCAACUGGAACGACUUAAAGUCCCAGCACUACCUAAGCGUGUAUGUACAAGCCACCAAUCCUGGCAGCGAGACGUCCACAUCGUUCGUUGUGAUAGAGAUUACACAGCUGCGGCAACCUCUAUUCGCACAUUCUUCAGCUCACGGGUUUAUCACUGCUGGAGAACGAGAUGUGCAGUUUUUGGAAGGAUCGGAACUAAGGAUAGCGAUGGACAGUACUGAGCCAGGUUAUCAGUGGAAUCUAGCCGGAGAUGACUAUCAACUGUUCGAUGGAUCAUUGGUGGACGAUUUGUUUAAGUUUUCUCUAAAAGAUUCGGCUUCCGAGGAACAGCUACAGUCUAGGACAAUCUUCAAGUUCCGAGUUAUCCUUAAAAACCCCACCGGAAAUGAGAUAGACUCUAUCGUGGUGGUAAAUCGCCAGCUCUUAGUGCCUCUGUUUUCGAAGAAUAUCUAUAACGGCGCGUUCAAUGAAGAUCUUCAGUUAUCAUUGACGGAUGCAAUAGAGAUAACAGGAACGAGCUUUUCAACCGGAGUCCUUGUUACGGUGAUCGAAUCUAAUGUUGACUUUUUAUCACUGGAGCAAAAUGAUCGAAGUGUUCAGCUGAAGCUCUCCCGGACAAUUUCAACGAAUGAUUUUCAGGGUCUCGACAUGGUACGUCUUGUCCUGUCUGCUUCAGUUUCUGAUGAUGUCAAGAGCACCUGCACUGUUACGAUACUGGUUCCCGAAGGAACACCUUGUAUUCCCGUACCACCGAUUGUGGAUUGUUCUAGCUGCUAUAAUUGUACAACAGGAGGUGUUCAGGAGGAUGUACCUGUGUUUGCGAACGGCAAUUACCGAUUCCAACUUAGGAGAGACACUACCGGUCCAAUAGGUACGGUAACCGCUACAGUAAAGGAUCCGACAACCGUGGUACAGCAUACCAUAGUGGUGGCGAAUGCCUAUUUACAGUCGCUACUUUCGAUAACACCAGAAGGAGUUUUAACGAUUGUUCAUCCAAUCGUACCGAACGUGUAUCAGUUCUUCGUGCAUGCAACGAACACAGCAGCAGGCAAGAUGGCUACCGCAAACGUUUGGCUCGAUGUACUGAACCAAUACGAGUGUACCGAAGGCGAAAAGCAAUCCACGGUCGAUCAAGUGUUGAUCGUGCGUCAUCUGGAAGAAGAACGACCAUACACAACCAUUUUCUAUACUCAGUUAAGCUCAUCCUGUUCGUACGACUUGAUCAGUGAACAGCCAACCGAGGAUCAACAACCUUACUUUUACAUCGAUCAAGCAACAAAAUGGCUUGCUUCCAGGAGCUUUGAUCGCGAGAAUGAAGAUCUGUUUGGAGCCAUGCAAGUACCACAAUUUAAACUUGUAAUGCAACUAAAAUGUAUCGACACGGAUGAAACACGUGAGCAAAAUCAACGAUCAAUCGUGAAACGAUCGCUCGUUGAAAUGGACACAAUAAACUACGCAUCGGAUAUUACCAUUGUGACCAUAAUCGUGGAUGAUAUUAACGAUAACGAUCCUGUCUUCGUUGAACCAACUACCUCCUCAGGAAACACGGUACAUCUCGGUUUUCCUGAACCAUUAUUAGCCAGUAGGCUGUUGCUCUCAGGACUCGUGACCGUUAAAGCGACUGAUGCGGACGAGGGUUUAAACGCUGUUGUGCGAUAUAGCUUGUCGGAAAAUACACAUUUCAUGAUAGAUUCCGUAACUGGCUCGAUUGAACCAACGAAAGAUGCUUUGCGAGAAUCGGAUCUCAUCGAUCUAACAGUGGUUGCUACGGAUCGUGAAGGAGCCGUAGAAGGGCGCAGUACUACCCUGGAACUAGCGGUACAUCGCUUGAAUGAAGAUCAUGUCGCGUUUGUUACUGUAGCUACGGUUAACGAGGCAAGCGUACAAGCCAUAAUAGAGCAGAUAAAUCUCCAAAAUGAUUUCAACCUGAAGGUACUCCGUCAAGCCUAUAUCCCUGAGACAGAUACAUUACGCGCAAAGCGUAAUGCAGUAGCAAGAGAAAUUGAGGAUUCUACUAGCAACAUGCGUUUGAUAGUGUACGCUUUGAAUGACAACAAUCAACUCUUGAGUACGGACGACAUCCGGAACGCUAUAAGGAACGUAUUCCCAGACAUUGGAACAUCCGCCAUAACGUCAUUUGAUGAUGCCGUUUGCUACGGCAAUAGCACGAAUCCUUCCUGCCCUUCGACGCCCAGCUGUCCAGAAGAAUUGACCGAUCGCUCCAGCAACAGUGGCUUAAUAGCUUCGACUUCAGUACUGGGAGCACUUCUUCUUAUCACCUUGGCUGUUACCAUCGUACUGUACCUGAGAUACGUGAGGCCAUUAAUGAAAGGUGCCGACAACACUCCUUCAGACAUAGUACAGCUUGAAAAUGACUUCGAUUCUACACCACCAUCAACACCACCAACGUUAGGUGGCAAGAAGGAACAGAUCGCUGAUCCAGAAGUGAUGGAAGAUCGGAAAAUAUCGAUUAACAUUACUGGUAUCACUAUGCAAGAGUCUGAAGAUACCAAUACAGACAGUAAGCGUCUAGCACGAUCUUUAACCGAACGGUUAGAUGAGGAAGAUGAGUAUGGCGCAGCCGUUUUUGGAACAUCGAGUCAGGACACGUUCAGUGAACCGAAAAACGUGAAGUUCAACGAAGUAGUCGAACGGAUAGAGGUGCAAGAGCAUCACAGUGAUGAGGAAGAUGGUGGCUCAGUAUACGAGGAACGAUUGUAAUGAUC